AGCGAAGAGAAAGAAAUACGAAGUAUGUGGAAGCUUUUCUCAAUUAUUUUACUGCAAUGGGCAUUAACCUCUCAAGGAUUUUAUUUUCGGACUGAACUCGAUUGGGAAGCAGAGGAAAAACCCCAAGCAGAUGUCACUAAGGAAUGCUUGCAAUACAGUAAGGAUUUGGACUGCAGGUUCUAUGAAUGCUUAGAAGAAAGAUUUCCCUGUGGACACGGCGUGCAAAAGGGUCAAUCGCGUGCUCAUUGUGUGAAAAUCAACGAAAGAGCAAAUAAAUUGACUGAAGUGGGUAAGAUCUGGAUAAAUAGUAUCACAAAAUGUUUUGUGAAAGAGGCAACAAAAAUCUACCAACGUCCGUCAAUCGAUUGUAAAGAAGCUAACAAAAUUGUCCUGGACAUACAACAAAAAUGUUAUACAGACAAUGAUUUCUGUAAUGUUGGCUGGAAGCACCGCAAUGAUCUGUGGAGAAUAUUCAGUAAACCCAUAACCACGGCCAAAACACAAUACUAUAAAAUGUAA